CUUCAUUGUAGCGAGAUACUGUGGUACAUACACAGGUUUGAGCUUCUUGUCGGACACUUCGAGGCAAGAUCGUGUUUCGAGACUUCCAGAGACGUUUGAUCCGCUCCCUUGACCCUUAAAAAACGAUCUAUAAUUGUCCUUCAGCCGAGGCGUACGUACUUGAGGUGUUACGGCACCCAUUUCUGUCGAAUAACAACCACAGCUUGGCUUUCCAUUUCCAAGUUCUUUUUUGGCUACCACUUACAGUAUAUACUGAAAAGAAAUUUUCUACAGGGACGAGUAUAAAGCCAUGCCAUCAAUUCUGAACCACGGACUUCCAGCUCUGGGGCCGCGCGGAGCAUCAACGUCCGAGAGCGGAGGAAAACAAGCGAAGCACGGCCCUGCCACUGGCACCAUCAAGCCGCUGGCCAUCUUGACGGAAGGUUUGGUGGCAGCCGAGUCGAUGAUAUGGAUGGAAGCCGACAUGGGCAUGCUCUGGGCUUCGGGGGAUGACAUCAAAGGUUACGUCGGUAACGUCCUGAAAGACACACUCAGGACUCUCCAGUUUCACAGAGUUCUCCGCGUGCAGGCGGAACUCUACAUGUUCGGAACCCAGAAAGCCGACUUCUACUACCUGCGCAGGAAGACGGCGCCGAUUGGGCUCAUCGAGGUGAAGAAACCGAACGGUACACCAUUCGAUGGGCAACCUUCCAUUCUCGGACAGAUUUAUGACUACCUACUGGCCCUCAAGCAAUUUCAAGGUCUGGAGCACGUAUACGGCAUCCUUACUUCAUACAAGGAAUGGCGUGUCUGCUGGCUGUCAGACAGGCGACAGCCACGUCAACAUGUCUACAACCAUUCCAGACUUAGACUCUUCAAGGAAAGCAUUCAGCAUGUGGGAUUUCUUACCUCCCGUCCCAGUCUGGGGUUCUGCUCAACCCGUUCCUACGCCCACCAAGGCAGAAGGGAGCUUCACACCCCCCAAACACAAUCGGGUGUUAUCUUGCACUGACCCAUACCGCUGGGAUGACCCGAAACUGCCGGCAGUUUUGGCGACCGCCGUGUGCAAGAUGGCCUCUUCCCAGGUCACCCCGCCAACGCUAGAAUCAGUUUCAAACAAGCGCUUCGCCGUAUGCCUUACCCCCGAAAGGUACGUUUGGCAGACCAGACCCUUGACCAGCAUCGUGAACUUUGAUCUCUUCCCCGAUGCGUCAUCCGAGAUCUUCUAUCUCCUUGCGGAUCUCCACGGAGGCUCCGAUGGACACACUUGGCUCGCAUGCAACAGUUCAGGGGUGGGCGCAGGUUUAUGGCCCCAUAUACUGUACGCCGAGAGUAUGAUUCCUCAGGACUCGCCAACUCCCACUUGGGGGUCUUCUGGGUGCCUAUUGGCCGUCUUCUGGGUGCAACGGCUCGUUGCGUGCAAAAUUCCGAGAAUUGCCCUCCAUGAGGGAUCAUCUUCUGGAUAUAUGGAUACAUCUUACAGCAGCGAAAUGAAG